AUGGCAGAGCUGCGGGGAGAGAGCGGCUGCGUCGGCCCGCUGGCGGAGAAGCUGGGCCCAGUGCGGCCCGCAGAGACGGAGCCCCCCCCCCCACGCGGGAGAGCUGCUCCCAAGCUUCGCGGCGCCUGCAGCGACCAGCGCAGAAGAGGCCUCGCCGUGGCCGAAGAGCCGAGAGGGAACCGCGCCCCGCCAUGCUUUCCGGGACAAAGGCUGCUGUCGCAGGGCUUCUGCGAGCGAGGGCGAGGCCCGGCCGGGAAUGUGGUCCGGAGCGAGGCUGGUCGUCCGGGGAAGCCUGUGGCACACGCCCUGCCCCCCCCCCGAGACCAGCUGCAGCUCGCCAGCGGCUGCGAGGGGCGACGCAUCGGGCUGCAACCCCCAGGCCAGGAUGUGUCUGCAGAAGAGGACGCCGGACCAGCCUGGGAUCCUGGCAAAACCCGCUCCGAAGAGGGCUCACCUGGACCCCAGUGGUCAGAGCUGAGCUGCAAGGAAGGCCUUGGGGAAGCCAGUCCCCCGUUUGUCCUGGGGUCCUUCCAUAAGCCCCCUCCGCUGCUCCUGCGCGUGCCAGAAGAACACGGCGGGAGGGAGUUGGCUCAUUGCGAGCAAGGGCACGAGAACCUCGGCGCUGGCAGCGAUGCGGCCGCCGCGGCCCUGACUUUCGCCAUCACGAGCCGGCGUCUCCUUGAGGAUAACAAGGAAAAGUGGCGGAAACGGCUCACGAGAGCCUUUUUGCAAGUGGCGAAGCCAGGCUUGGACUGGGGUGGCGAGGUGGGUGCACGCGCCAUCGGCAGCAGCCAGCCCGGGCCGUGCCUGGCCGAGUUUGGCCGCGAGGCCGGCACCCGCUUCGAGGACGCGCUCCGUUCGGACGGACGCUCGAACAACGCACUCCUCAGCGCAGACGCGGAGUCGGGACACACGGCCGUGGGAAGCCCGCUGCAGCCCGCAGAGGGGGCCUUGGCUCAUACGAGCGUGGAGACAGCCUCGUCUCAGAGGGACGCUGCUUUUCCAGAGCCAAGCACUCCCCCGGACACCAGCACGAGACAAGCCCCGGCCUCGAGGAAGAGGCCGCCCUCCCCGAAACCGGGAAGCUCCGCCAGGAAGCAGCAGAGGCUCAGGGCCACCCCGGCAGCUGCCCAGCUCGGCUUGCCAAAUUCGAAACCGCGCAUCUCCACGGUGGACCCGCCCCUCUUGGAGGGAGAUGGCCUGGGGGCUCCGGCUCCUGAAGGGGAACCCGCCACCCCCAAGCGGUCCUCGUGGGGUGGCAAGAAAGGGCGCCACGGGGUGACCAGCCCUCCCCUGCUCCCAGUCUCCCCGUCCACAGCACCACCCGUGGCCCCACAGGCACAGGGGCCCCACAGGACUGACCUUCCGGAGGAAGAGGCGGCCCAGCCCCAGGCCGCAAACAAGACCAGGAGCCCCGAGGAGGAGGCAGGUGGGGGCGCCCUCUCUCGGGGGGGCCGAGGGACCACCACCUCCACCAUCGUCACCACCACGGUGAUCACCACGGAGACAACGCCAAGUCUGUGCGGGGUGAAUUUCUACGAGCCGGAGGGCUACAUCGAGUCCACGGACUACCCGCCCCUGCCCCAGAGCGGCUUCCUGGAGUGCACCUUCAACGUGACCGUCUACACGGGCUACGGCGUGGAGCUGCAGGUGAAAAGUGUGAACCUGUCCGAAGGGGAAGUGCUUUCGAUCCGUGGCGUGGACGGGGAGCGCCUGGUGGUCCUGGCCAAUCACACCCUCUUGGUGGAGGGCCAGGUGAUCCGCAGCCCCACCAACACCAUCUCCGUGCUCUUCCGCACCUUCCAGGACGACGUGACCGGGACGUUCCAGCUGCACUACCAAGUCUUCAUGCUGAGCUGCAGCUUCCCCCGGAGGCCGGACUUCGGGGAAGUCACCGUCAUGGGCUUGCACUCCGGCGGCACAGCCCGCUUUCAGUGCCACCUGGGCUAUGAACUCGAGGGCCCCGAAACCGUGACCUGCAUCAACGCUUCGAAGCCGCACUGGAGCUGGCCGGCGCCCAUCUGCUCAGCACCCUGCGGGGGAACCGUGCGGAACGCCACCCUCGGCCGCAUCCUGGCCCCGACCCCCGGGAGGAAUCGCACCGAGAGCACGUCCUGCGUGUGGACGGUCGGUGCGCCCGAAGGCCAGAAGCUCCACCUGCACUUCGAGAGGCUGCAGCUGCGGGACAGGCAGCGGAUGGUCGUCUACGACGGAGAGACGAAACUCUCGGCGGUCCUCUACAGCUCCCAGCGGGGCGACGUGGUGCCCUUCGAGGGGGUGAUCAGCGAGGGCCACGUCCUGCGCAUCGACUAUGUGGCGGACGGCCACGAUUCGGGGGCGGCGUUCAACAUCCGCUUCGAAGCCUUCGAGAAGGGCCACUGCUACGAGCCAUACAUCCAGAACGGCAACUUCACCACCUCCGACCCCACCUACAACCUGGGGGCGAUCGUGGAGUUCACCUGCGACCCCGGCCACUCGCUGGAGCAAGGCCCGGCCACCAUUGAGUGCAUCAACAUCAGGGACCCCUACUGGAACGACACGGAGCCCCUGUGCAGGGUCACCGUGUACGACGGCGAGGACCCGGGCGGCCACGUGCUGGGCCAGUUCCCGGGCGGCGGCGGCCCGCAGAAGCUCUACUCCUCGACGCCGGACCUGGCCGUGCAGUUCCACUCCGACCCGGCCGGGCUCGUCUUCGGGAAGGGCCAGGGCUUCGUCAUGAGCUACAUCGAAGUGUCCAGGAACGACUCCUGCUCCGACUUGCCCGAAAUCCAGAACGGCUGGAAGACCACGUCUCACGCAGAGCUCGUUCGAGAGGCCAAGAUCACCUACCAGUGCGACCCUGGCUAUGACAUCGUGGGCAGCGACACCCUCACCUGCCAGUGGGACCUCACCUGGAGCAGCGACCCCCCCUUCUGUGAGAAAAUCAUGUACUGCACGGACCCCGGAGAGGUGUCCCACUCGACCCGCCUGAUCUCGGACCCGGUGCUGCUGGUGGGGACCACGAUCCAGUACACCUGCAACCCGGGCUUCGUGAUGGAGGGAAGCGCCCUGCUGACCUGCUACAGCCGGGAGACGGGGACACCCAUCUGGACCUCGCGCCUGCCCCACUGUGUGUCGGAGGAAUCGCUCGCCUGCGGCAACCCGGGGCUGCCCGAGAACGGCUACCAGGUCCUGUACAAGCGCCUCUACCUGCCUGGGGAGUCGCUCACCUUCAUGUGCUACGAGGGCUUCGAGCUCAUCGGGGAGGUCACCAUCCAGUGCAUCCUGGGGCAGCCCUCCAGGUGGAGCGGGCCGCUGCCCGUCUGCAAAGUGAAUCAAGACAGCUUUGAGCACGCCCUGGAAGCCGAGGCUGCGGCCGAAACCUCCCUGGAAGGGGGCAACAUGGCGCUGGCCAUCUUCAUCCCGGUGCUCGUGGUCUCCUUGCUCCUGGGGGGGGCCUACAUCUACGUCACGCGGUGCCGCUCCUACUCCAGCCUGCGCCUGCCCCUCAUGUACUCCCACCCCUACAGCCAGAUCACCGUGGAGACGGAGUUCGACAACCCCAUCUACGAGACGGGGGAAACACGGGAGUAUGAAGUGUCGAUAUAA